AUGUCUCGAAAGUCUGCCAACCCGGACUUGGUUCUUCCCCGACUGGACGAGGAUGCCCUGGAGCGGAAGCGCGUCCUCAACAUCCUAGCCCAAAGAAGAUAUCGCAAAAGGAAAAGGGAGCGGAUCCAAGCUCUGGAAUCGCGUGGUGCAAAUCAUACAGAGGCCCCUCAGGUCGUACCGUCGGCUCCAGCCACGGCCCAGCGUGAACCUCAGGCGCGACACGCCCAGGUUGUCCCAGCUGAUUCCAUGGAAAUUGAACUUGGAUUGGCCUCUGUUAUUCAGUCGGCGGAUGAAGCAAUACAAGUAAACAAUCAGAAUCCCGCAAUCAUCCCAGUUUUUCCUCAGACACCCUCGUCCGAUCUCACAGCGAUGAAUCCAAUAUACUCUAAAACGCUAUUGGAUGACCUUCCUUUUGAAGAUUCAAUAUACCGAUAUACGCCAGCACUAGAAUGGGAAAAUCAAGAAUACCAAGACGCGAUGACGAGCGAACCCAAAACCCAGUUCCUAGGCAGUCUUCCCAACAACUUAGACUCCAAUUUCGACAUAUCUACAGAACUGCAAAACUACGACGCGUCCUUCUUCAACUUCCCCGAUGAUCGCAUGCUAGAAGUCCCCUCCUUGACUCUACUCAAUGCCGCAAUGAAAGUCGCACAGCGACUAAAUGUCACGGAGCUCAUAUGGGACAUGACAGCUACCAGCCCAUUUUUCCAACGGAAUGUUUCUCAACUAUCUAGCACAUCGCUACCAUCCUUGGAUAGCCUGGGAUCGUCACCAGAAAAGUCCUCAGCAAGUUCUGCCCAAAUGACGGAUCUGCCGGAAUUUGAUGAGCUACCAUCCCAUCUUCAACCAACACCUACCCAGCGCCUUAUCCCGCACCAUCCAAUCCUAGACCUCCUACCCUGGCCUGGCGCGCGGGAUAAGUUGAUUCAAGUGUUUAAUCUUCCUAUCGACAUGCGUCCAAAAAGCGCACAGGAUCAGUUAGGUCUCGUGAGGCUGGUAUAUGAUAUGGAGGAUCCUGGUGGCGAGGGUGUCAAUAUUCGGGGACAGGAUCCGUUUUCACCAGUCGAGUGGGAAAUUGGUCAGUUGAUGUUUGAGAGAUGGUGGUGGGCAUUCGAGAGCAGUGUUGUCGAGAGUAGUAAUUACCUUAGGAGGAAAAGAGGAGAGAGGGCUUUGGCUUUCUAA